AUGGGAGAAUCAGUGGAGAAAAGAACACGCUGUCAAAGAUUCUGUAUCACUCUUAAUGAAGGAGAGACAACAGCAGAGGCUGGACUCUGUGUUGUGAUACCGUGUUCUUUCACCACUAGUUAUGGCUUCACACCCCAAAAUAUAAUUUGGUACAAAUGUGAACAAUCUAAACCAAGAUGUGUUGAUUCAGACAUGAUAUUCCACACUAACAAGAACAACAGAAAAGUUCAGUCUGGGUUUAAAGGACGAGUGUCACUAUUGGAGCCUGACGUGAGUCAGAAGAACUGCAGCAUCAUCAUCAGUGACCUCACUGAGUCAGACUCUGGAUCAUAUCAGCUUAGAGUUACUGGUAACAACCAGCAUAAGAUGAAAGAUGGAUUUACAUUCUCUCCAAGAGCAACUGUCUCUGUUACAGAUCUGAUCCAGACGCCCACAGUUAUGGUUCCUCCACUAACAGAGGGACAGCAGACCACACUGACCUGCACUGCUCCUGGUCUCUGCUCUGGAUCUGAUCCUGAAAUCACCUGGCUGUGGAGAGGACCAGGACAGAACGACUCUCACAUCACAGGAAACAUCACUGCUUUCAAGACUGAGAAUCUGACUGCUGUCACACAAAGACACAGCUCAACUUUGAUGUUUAACUCUUCAGCUGAACACCACGGCACCAAUGUCACCUGCAGGGUCAGGUUCACAAACAUCACUACAGAGGAGACAGUGACUCUGAAUGUGACCUGUGAGUAG